AUGGCAUCGAAAACGGUCAUCCUUCUCUCUGGCCUUCUGCUCUGUCAGCUGCUCAUCGUCGCAGUUGUUUGGGGCCAGUCGGCGGUUAUCACGGACGCUAACCCCAAUGAAUUCCCCUACGUCGUCAAGGUUACUGAUCAAGGUUCGUUUAUCCCUGAUAAUACCGAAGCUGCAGGAUUUCUCAGCAAGAAAUAUAUUCUAGCCUCAAACAGCUUCUCUGAAAGCUUACCAUCAGAUGUGAAAGUCACGGAUCAAUCUGGAAAGGUUCGGCCCGUAGUGAGGAUUGAAUCAAUUUUGGGAGGUUCUGCAGUUUAUCUGAAAGUGUGCGAGAAAUUUCGAGGGCCAACCCUGCCGAUGACGGCCUCCAGCUUCAACAACCUGACUGCUGACGUCAAUACGACCGGCGUUCUGCUCUUCUACAAUGCGUCAUCGCACGUCUUAAGAAAACUGCCUGCCUCCGCGAAGAGCACUGCAAGCUGCCCUGAAUCUUCGGGAGGUGCAUAUAUUUGCAUGUACCAGGACUCCACUCCUGGAUUUUGCUCAUUUCUGAAGGAUGCAACGCCUACCUAUUACAAUCUACCGAUAAUUGCCUUUGGAACUCAGGCUCAAGGAGCUGUGUACGAUUAUAAUUGUGAUAGCGCAACUGGCGGUAUGGAUGGAAUGUGGCUAUUUUUAAACCUCGGCUACUACUACUCAUACAUCAUUGCUGCAAUUCCCGAGGUUGACAUAAAAUAA